UUGAGCAAUUCGGACAUCAACGGGAAAACAGCUCUCGUCACCGGCGCUUCAAAGGGUAUUGGGAAGGCAAUAUGUCUUGAACUUGCCCAGAUGGGCGUCAAGGUUGCAGUCAACUACAAUUCGUCCAAGUCCGAAGCUGAGCAAGUGGUCCAGACUAUUACUGACAUGGGCGGUGAGGCGUUCAAGAUUCACGCAGACGUGAGCGACCUGGAACAGGUCAAUGCGAUGGUGGACAAAGUCAGCGAUGAAUGGGGCGGCGUCAAUAUCCUCGUCAACAAUGCGGGCAUCAUCAACGACGGCCUGCUGAUGCGAAUGUCAGACGAAGCGUGGCAUCGUGUCAUGGGCGUCAAUCUCAAUGGCACUUUCUAUUGCACGCGGGCUACCUUACGACACAUGGUGCGCGAGCGUUGGGGCAGAAUAAUCAACAUCGGCUCCGUAGUCGGCAUACGCGGCAAUAUCGGGCAGACCAACUACUCGUCUUCCAAGGCGGCCAUAAUCGGCUUCACUAAGUCGCUCGCCAAAGAAGUCGCCACUCGCAACAUCACCGUCAACGCCGUAACGCCCGGCUACAUCAGUACCGAAACGGUUGCAGGGCUGUCGCAAAGACAGAAGGACACCAUAAUGACCUGGAUUCCGCAGGGCAAGUUCGGCAAUACUGAGGACAUCGCCAGCAUGGUCGGGUAUCUUGCGAGCGAGAGGGCGAGCUAUGUAACGGGUCAGAUCAUCAGUGUUGACGGCGGAAUGGCGAUAUAG